AUGCACGCCAAGCUCGCCCUGCUCGCCCUCCCCAUCGCGCUCUGGGGCCGCGCCGCCACCGCCGUCACCGAAUGGUUCCCGCAGACAGUCGCGACGCAGGCAGAAGCCGAGCAGAUCAGGGACUCGUACGAGCAGGGCCACAUCGAAGCUACGUGUGAUGUCGCCUCGCAAAUGUGCUCCUUCAUGGUCGCGGUCAUGACACGGAGGGCCUUUGCAGGAAGUUACCCCUACUAUGAGGUUACGUUGAGAAAUCAUGCCGUCAAGUGUCCACAGACAUCGCAGGACAUCUAG